CAAGCAUGUUCUGUGGCAGGUAGAAAACCUCGGGGCGUUAUCGCCACAAGGAGCUGCGGGUGGAAGAGAAGGGGAGCGGACACACACGCCCAACAGCUGGUGAACCGUGCGCAGGUGCCGGAAGAGCUGAGCACCUCCAGACGGGGCAGGGCCUGGCCGGGCUGGAGCUUCCACCACUCUCGAGAAGCGCUGGCGGGGCUGAGGCGAGCGGAUGAGACGGAGUUCACCGCGCCGGCACUACCCCGGGGUGGCCCGGCCCGGCCCCCAGUCCCCAGCGCCGGCGGAGCGGGGCCGCGCCGGGCCAUGGCGGAGCGGGACUGCCCCCGUGCCGCGCGUGGGGGACGCGCCGGGGCGGGCGGGCGCGCCGUACCCGGAGCAGAGGCGGAGGGGCCGCGGGGAAGCCGCGCCGUGCCGGGGUCGCUGGAGCGCCUCCGCUGGCUAUACCUGCGCACGGGCCGGGCCUGCUGCCAGAUGAUGGAGGUCCUGCUCGCCGCCCUGAUCCUGGUCUGCAGCUCCGUGUCCGGUGGCUCGACGGGAGGAUAUACCGGCCUCCCCGCCAUGGGGGGCAUCUACUACUACCAAUACGGCGGGGCCUACAGCGGCUUCAGCGGAGCGGAAGGGGAGCGAGCCCAGCAGCUUGACCAACGUUUCUACUUACUGAAGCUGCCCAUUGCAAGGGCAGCAAUGGCCGUGGGAGGGUGUCUCCUGGUCUUCCCUUGUGUUCUUAUUUUGGUUGGUGUUCUACGCCUACCGUGGCAUUUCCCAGCAUGGCUGCUAAUUGAAUGCACCCUGUACAUAGUGAUUGCAGUUGGCACAGGGCCUGCUCUGUACUAUUUCUUCCAUUCUCUGCUGAGUGUUUAUAAUUCAUCAGUGUGCAAAGAGAGAGAGCAGCUUUAUCAAAGCAAAGGCUAUCAGGGCUUCUGGUGCAGCCUGCAUGGGGCAGAGAUUGCUGCUGGUCUCUUGGGCUGCAUGGCUGCCAUGGCAUACCUGCUCAGUGCAGGCCUAGCUGUCAGAGAUUACAGGACAGUUCAUGAACAGAAACAGAAGCCACUGCAAUUAUAAGAGCUUUCAAAUGAUUCCUCCACUCCAGUAAUGGGCUGGAUUUUUGCCAGUCUCCUUACUGAGAUGAAGCAGUAUGGUGUCCUUCCUUCUGGACAGUGCAGCCUUAAUGCUAGAGAACAUUCAUCAAACUGGCAUAGCUUUAAAUAGGGUAGAGUUAGGCUAUUCCUAACUUGAAUUUGCAUUAUUGAAUUAUUGGUGACUGAAAGCUGAUCCAGUGGGUUGUCUCCUGCUUCACAAGGCAGCCCUUCCAUCCCACUAUUAGAUGUCCCGUUCUCCAGUGAGGGCUUCCUACAAGUACUGCCACUACAUGCUUCUGCCAAUGAACAGCUUUUUGUAGCUUAAACUGUCUUUACAAAAGACAUGUGACUUGACUGAGAAAAAAACUCUUAUAAACAAGUGAUCAAAGCCCCUGGUUGUGGCAGCUAAAUACUGCUUCCUUGUAGGUCUCUUGGAAUUAACAGACUGGUGUGAACAUGACGUUUAUAAGGCCAUGAAAAAAACCCCACAAACUCAGUCUACCUUGUGACACAAUGCCUUUUCAAACUCCUGGAGAGGGCCCAUUUUUGUAUGAAAUGGUCUUUUUAUAUAACUUGUAUACAAGAGUUUUGCUUAAAAAGAUACCCUGAAUUGGGAUAAUCAGACAAAAGCUUUAUGAGAUCAAAUGGGUGGUUGAAUAUAGAAGUAUACUGUUUUCAAAAUACAUUUUUAAUGUACAAGUUCGAGAAAUUAGAUGCUGCUCUUAUUAUUUCUUUUUUUUAGAAAAACUUCUUAUAGGAAUUUUACUGGGAAAAAUAGCACUAGAAUCACCAACUCGUGCCUCAAAAUGAAAUGCCACUUCAGAGCAGCGUCCACUAUGUGCAUUUUUCAUAUGAGGAUGGAACCACCCCAGUCUCACAGAUAAGUUCUGCCCAUAUUAAAAAAACUAAACACACUAGAAACAUGCUUUGCCUUGGACACAGCUCUUUCACUGGCACCAUUACUAAAUCCUCACAAUUACCAAAACCAUGGAACGUUAUUAGAACUAGAGACACAAAAUUAAAACAGAUGCCAAAUAGGAACACACUAGGUGCUUUGGGGUUUGUUUGAUUUCUUCCGCCUUUUAGUAGUUAAAUGCACUGAGUGUCUCAGCACAGGGAUUUAUGUGGACAAUCCAUCGUGGUCCUAUUUCUGUUAACAUUUCUGUACUUCCUCUUGCUGCAGCUACUUCUAGAGCUGUACAGUGCUAUUGAGAGCAAGUUCACAGGGCAGAUUCCUCUAGCAGGAAACAGAAAGCUGCCUUAAUAAUUGGUAAGUCUAAUUCUACCCUCACAGUGCUCUACAAGAAGUUUUUGUAUGGAAGGCUGAUGAGUGAAGUAGCACAUAGAGCUCAGUGAACCUGCAGCACAGCUGCUGCUAGACACAGCUACCUUUGACUGGGAUAUUGCAGAGAUUUCUUCCAGCACAGUAACAGAGUAAGCUGUUAGAUGAAAGUAAAAAUCUUUAUUGCUAAGUCAGCUGAAAAUCCAAUGCAAAAAUACUCUUCCUUCCUGAACUGCUCUGUACAUCUGAAUAAAGAAUCAAUGUCAAUGGA